CGAAGACAAAUUGAGAGGGUCAUAUCUGUCGUUCAGCGGAAUGUGGUACUACUUCGCAAAAAAAAAUCUAUAAAAAUGUUCAAUAAAUACUCGUAGUUGUUUCAUCCCAGCAGGAAUUCUUCGAAUUUCGACCAAAGUGUAAGAGAAAGGUAUAAGAAACUUUUGGCGACUCGUCCCAGCGGCGCACCGUAGCCAUGGGGGGUUACAAGCAGUUGCAUCACAUGUGGUUUAACCGCUACGUGAUGGGCAUGUGGGCGACGGGCUUCAUUUGCAACUGGGCCACGGACCAGUGGUAUCACAUUCCGCGCGAUCGGGUACUGGAUUUUCUACGCAUGCUAUUUGCUUCAAUUUUCAACUAUUUUGAGAAAAGUGCAGAAAAGAGCUCGCGUUGCGCUGUCGUUGAGAACAAAAGAAAAUUGCGCCUCCAAAACGAUGAAACACGACAGAACGCAAACAUCCGUUGGCAGUAUUGGAUGGAUCUUUGUAAUGCGAAACGUGCGGGGGAGAUCGAUCCGACGAUGCCUGGCUAUAUGGCCAUGAAGUGGAUUAUGGAACUGUCAGGAUUGAAAUUAACAAAGUUGAAAUAAUUUGUGAUGCAUAAAAUCUAUACCAGUUGGGCCCACAGUUUCCAAUCGGCGCAUGACAAAUUUUCCUGGUCUCUGAAGCAAGUCUGUCAUGCUGUUUAGGGCAAGAUGGCUGCUCCCUGUCAUGCUAGUCAGCAACCCAAUUGCUGACCCUUACCAGCACUAGAAUCUGCCUCCCUUGCGCCUUCAGCAAUAGAGUCAGUCUUUGUGUCGCAUUUUAUGCAUGGCAAAUCAUUUCAACUUUGCCGAUUUCAACUCUGACACAUCCAUAUGGAUUAACGAUCGUGAAAGUAUCGAAGGAAGCAAAAGCCUGUCACUUCUCAAUUUGCAACUACGAUAGGCAUCAUGACAAAGAAUUGGCUCCGGCUGAGUCUGUCUUCGGCAUGGGCGAAAAGCACAUGAUCUUGCAAGUGACACGGUUUUUGCCACGCAUACGGGAAAUUGCAUGGGAGAACCACGGUAUACACUGCUACGUUUUUUGUUUUAUGCUCCGCAGAAGUUUUACUGCAAGCAUGAUCAGUGCCAAAGGCGCCGCAUUUUUGAAAUCAUGAUCCACAAACAGCUCGCGAGUACCCCGGUUUUGAGAUGCCCGAAAGCUAGAUGCGAAAAGAGGGUUGACGAGUUAUGGGUCCGUACAAUGCAACCAAGAAGAAAAAGUAAGCACAGAGCAUGAAGAGAAGGGUAGACAUAAACCGCUUGGUGAUGUGCAUGAUGCAAUCAGCGCUGCUUGAUUCGCAACCUUUUGCAGCAGCACUCGCUUGGCUUGCUUGAAAGAAGAUGAAAACUCAGCAUUUACUAGGAGGGACAUGGAUGGCGAUUGCACUGGACGCGAGUGUGCGUCUCAUGUCGCCUGGAGAUCGCCGAGUUGGUGUCGUCAAUAAUAUUUGGCAGAUGUUCUUCAUUUUCAGAAAGAAAUACGGCUGUUGUUUUUUUUCGCGAUUAGAACUGAAAAAUUUUUGCCAGCAGAUUUUUAUACAGAGCAAUUUUCUUUUCCUGUUCGUUCCUGCCUCUCCGCAUUAUUGCUUGCAGCACUGCCCCAUCAUGGUAUAGCCAAGAUGUUGCUCUCAACCAGCGCACUCUCAUCCGCCCUGCCCGAGGUGUGUGCGGUUCUCUUCGCAUACCUUUGUGUGCAGUUCGGGCGGAUUUCGAAGCCGAAAUCAAGGGCCGCGGCCGCUACGCUUUCCCAGAAAGUGGAGAAGAAAUCGAAAAGGAGCUCCUCCACCGCGGACGAAUCUGCUGCCGGAGCGGAAGUUGAAAAGCCGCAGUCGCGCAAGCGAGUCGCGCUCAAAUGGCUGUCGUUCGGACUCUACCAUGCAGCAAUUGCUUAUCUGGUCCUCUGUGCGGUUCCAAGCCUACAGAGGUGGCUUUUUCCGGUUUUUCACGACCGAGUCGGAAGUCAAACGGCACCGAUGGCGACAGCAGCAACGAUUUUCGCGGUGAACGCGAUCGCUUUUCACAGCCUGUGGCUCUCCGGUUGGCACCACCGGGUAAACUACGAGCUCGCAAUCAGCAAGUACCUACCACCCGGCGGCGUCUGGAAAGUGUUUUCGCUCUUGCUUGUCUACCUUUUCGCACCGGAAUGUUGCAGUAUUGGCCUCGGCAGCGACAACAUAAUUGUGGAAGAUUUGAUGUCUGGGGAGAAGCUGUACGCUACUCUGCACAGCUUCAUCGCGACGGAUUCCGUCACAAUAGCCAUCACCGUGGUGCUGACGCUCGGGACAACGGCAGUGCUGUUACUCUGGCACCGGUGGGCGAAGCUAGACUACAGCGACUUGGCGAUCAAGAAUACGAGGAUUCUGAAUUUAUGCUCGGUGGCGUUUAUCAACGGCUACGUGGAAGAGGUGGUUUUCCGUGGGUUAUUUCUGCAGAAGAUGUUUUUUCACUUCUACAAGUGCAGUGCCGGAUCUUCAUCAACAGCAGUUCUUUCGCUUGACCGAACUACAGCAAACAUGUACACAAUCGUUCGAGAAGAGGAGGGGGAAAUAAACUUCGGAGAAAUUUUCUUCCACCGACCGUUCACCGCCUGGGGCGUCGCAAGCGUCCUGCAGGCACUGGUUUUCGGCUGUCUUCACUACCACGGGAUCCCCAGUGGCUUUGUCGGGGUUUUCCUCACGUUCAUCUACGGCUGGAUAAUGGGGGCGCUGGCCAUGUACGGAGGCAGUAUGCUGCUACCGGUUUUGCUCCACACCGCAGCGGAUUUUGUUAUUUUCUACGCCAUCGUGUAGGUGGUCAUGGACAUGGUUGAUUUUGGUGCCCAGACAGUUUCUCGCCCACCUAGAGGCGAGCACACAUGUUGGUUUUCCAAGAUACGCAGCAAAUAAUUAAGUUGUAACCAUGUCGAGACAAGAAGCCGUGUUUGUACAGUAUGGCCUCGACAAGAUGAUGCUGGUGCAGUUGCCGAACAGAUGUGAACUUGUUUCCGCAUUGCAAUAUGAUGUUUCCGCUUCACCAAAGGUGAGAGGAGUACAUCUAGGUCGUUACCAUUGUGAUAUAGCAAGAAGCCAGAUAGACUGCUGAUGUGUGUUCGAGGCGGAAAUUUUGAUGUCGCAUGUGGACGGAAGUAAAAAG